GGUGAAACCGUUAUUAAACUUGGAACUGAACAUCUUAGAUAUAUUAUUCCUUGCGUGGACAAUUUUCACAUUAUUGGAUGCUUCACUUUAGCUGAGCAAUGGAAGCUACUGCUAUAUAUGAUAAUGAUGACAGAGUUUAUCAUUAAUACACCGACUUUGUUAGCUCAAAAUAUUGGUUCACAAACUAUGAAACCUUCAGAAGGCGAGAAAUGGAGUAAUAAUGGAGUUUCUCAACUAAAACAUCAACAUUACGCGAUACAUAAUCUUUUAACAUAUCUUUAUGACGUCGAUGGCAAAAAUCGUCGUAGAGUUGCUCCCUAUAGCAUGCAUCUUGUUGAUGCUUUAGGAGUUGAUUCACGUAUGCCUUAUGCAUCGAUUACGAACGAUUUAGCACAGUACAACAAAACCGAUAAUCUAAG